AUGCGAGCGGAAGAUUUAGUAAGCCUUCCGUUUCGAAGAGAUCCACAGGAGGUAGGUGAAUUUCGCAGCGGUGCAUUAAAGCGAUUCUACAAAUUAGAGCGACGAUUGGAAAUGCAACCUGAACUCAAGAAGCAAUAUGUCGCAUUCAUGGACGAAUAUUUGAAGCUGGGCCAUAUAAGCCUGAUUAUUGAAAAUGAACGCAAGGCAACAAGGACAUAUUACCUCUCACACCACGCAGUAGUCACAAAAGUUAAUGAUCGUGCGAAGCUGAAGCUGGUAUUCGAUGCAUUGGCGAAGAGAGCUAUACGAGCAUUACAGCAAGUGGCACUUGAAAAUCAACGAGAUCAUCCAGUGGCGAGUAAAGUGAUCCUGCGGAAUUUUUACGUAGAUGAUUUGCUGACGGGAUGCGACAAAUUAAACGAGAUACGGACAUUGAAGCAAGAGAUCACACAAAUAUUAGAGUCAGCAGGUUUCCAGCUAGCGAAGUGGAAUUCAAAUGAGCAGUCACUCAUUCCUACAACACAAGGAAAUGCAGUGCAAUGCGUGAAUAUUGGAGAUGAGAUAAAAACUCUCGGAUUAAUAUGGAAUGCCGGCAGAGACGCUCUCCAAUAUCAAGUUCAACUAAAAAAUACAGAACAGCGAGUUACGAAACGUACGGUUUUAUUAAUCAUGUCACAAAUUUUUGACCCACUGGGGCUAGUCGGACCUUCGACAAUCAAAGCAAAAUUGAUGUUACAACAGAUAUGGAAAUUAAAACUCAAAUGGGAUGAAUCAGUAUCAAGCAGUCUACAUACCGAAUGGAUCGAGUAUGUAAGCAUGAUAGCGUCGAUAAACGAGAUUCGCAUUCUAAGAGUAGUGAUUUGUAAAAACCCAGUCAAGAUUGAAUUGCACGGGUUCUCAGACGCGUCACAAAACGCAUAUGGGGCGUGCAUAUAUCUUCGAUCCGUCAAUCAACCCGAUCACACGACUGUUUGGCUUUUGUGUGCAAAAUCAAGAGUUGCACCAUUGGAGACAAUUUCUCUACCACGGUUAGAGUUAUGCGGAGCAGUGCUGUUGGUAAGGCUAAUGCAUGAGGUUAUUGAAACGCUCACAAUAUCAAUUCAGUCUUGUCACCUGUGGUGUGAUUCUACGAUUGUGCUGGCGUGGAUACGCGACGAGCCAUAUUUGGGAAAAACAUUUGUGGUAAAUCGGAUCACAGAGAUUCAACAACUAACGGAAAAGAGUAUGUGGCAUCAUGUCCUAUCCGAAGACAAUCCCGCGGAUUAUUACACGAGAAAUGAAUCCCAGUCAAUUGAAACAUCUUAA